CUCUCUUAAGUGUGAUUGCGGGAGCACGGCCGCCUUCUCUUCGGAACGGCGCCUCCGAGUUACGAGAAGAAGUACCCACGUUCUCGCUGCUUCGCUCCUCCUGCACCCUGCAAGGCACCCCUCAUGAAACACUUCAUUGGCAGGUCGAGGAGCGGCGUCACGCAGAUGUAAAGAAACAAGCGAUGCUGGUUCGGCAACUGGAGGAGGAGCUACGGAUGCGAAUGCGCAACCCGAGCAUCGAGAUGCAGCAGCAGAUGGAGGUGCUGUACGCCGAGAACGAACACCUGACCCGCGAGAUCGCCAUCCUCAGGGAGACCAUCAAGGAGCUGGAGCUGCGGAUAGAGACGCAGAAGCAGACGCUGCAGGCCCGCGACGAGAGCAUCAAGAAGCUGCUGGAGAUGCUGCAGAACAAGGGCGUCGGUGGUAAAAUGCUAGAUGGAGACAGGGAGUCAUUUGAAUCCCUCCAGGCCAGGCUGAUAGAGAGUGAGGAUAAAAUUCGGCACUAUGAGAAUCUUGUGAGGAAUCGAGACCAGGAACUCAGUAAGACUAAGAGACUGGACGAGUUCCGCGCGGAGAUCCAGCGGCGCGACCAGGAGAUCCUGGCCAUGAGCGCCAAGAUGAAGACGCUCGAGGAGCAGCACCAGGACUACCAGAGGCACAUAGCCGUCCUCAAGGAGUCGCUCUGCGCCAAGGAGGAGCACUACAACAUGCUGCAGGCGGAUGUUGAAGAACUCCGACAACGGUUAGAGGAGAAGAACCGGCAUAUAGAGAAGAAAACACAACAGGCGCAGCAGGCGAUACAAGAAAGAAACCGUCUGAACAAUGAACUCAGCGAGUUGAGGGACCACAUGGACAUCAAGGACCGCAAGAUCAACGUCCUGCAAAGAAAGAUCGAGAACCUGGAGGACCUGCUGAAGGAGAAGGACAACCAGGUGGACAUGGCGCGCGCGCGCCUCACGGCGAUGCAGGCGCACCACUGCUCUUCCGAGGGCGCGCUGUCCAGCCUGGAGGAGGCCAUCGGCGACAAGGAGAAGCAGAUGCAGCAGCUGCGCGAGCAGCGGGACCGCGCCGAGCAGGAGAAGGCGGAGGAGCGCGAGCUGCACGAGCGCGAGCUGGCCGAGUACAAGAUGAAGCUGCACGCGCUCGAGAGCGAGGUCGAGAAGCUGGGCGCGCGGCUGGAGCGCGCGCAGGCCGAGAAGGACCGGCUGGAGGCCAAGCUGGAGAGCUCGCAGUCCGAGCUGGGCAAGUCGAAGGCGGAGCUGGACAAGGCGGCGAGCGAGGCGGGCCGCAGCGGCGCCGACUGGGAGGCGGCCAAGCAGCGGCUGGCGCGCCUCGAGCUGGAGAACGAGCGCCUGCGCCACGACCUGGAGCGCUCGCAGGCCACGUUCGGCCGCAGCACGCUCACCACCUCGCAGGAGCUGGACCGCGUGCAGGAGAAGGCGGAGAAGGCGGCGGCGGAGCUGCGGCGCGCGCAGGCCGAGCUGCGCGUCACGCAGGCCGACAACGAGCGCGCGCGCGCCGAGGCGGCCGCGCUGCAGGAGAAGGUGGAGAAGUCGCAGGGCGAGGUGUACCGGCUCAAGGCGCGCCUCGAGAACGCGCAGGCCGAGCGCGAGAGCCUGCGCGACGAGUACGAGCGCGCGCAGCAGGCGGCCGCGCGCCUGCACGCCGAGCGCGACAAGUCGUCCGCCGAGCUGGAGAAGGCGCGCGAGGAGCUGGAGCGCUCGCAGGCCACGCUGGGCAAGGCGCAGCUGCAGCAGGACAAGCUGCAGAACGCGCUCGACAAGGUGCAGACCGACCUGGACAAGUUGCAGGAGCGCUUCGACAAGUCCCAGGCCGAGGUGCGCCGGCUCCAGAUGGAAAAGGAAAAGCAGAACUACGAUUUUGAAAACGUACAGUCGCAGCUCGAUAAGGCACUAGGCCAAGCGACGAGAUUGCAGAAGGAGCGAGAGGCGGUCCAGUUGGAGGUCGACCGGUUAAGGGACAAGUAUGAGAAAGCUCAGAUGUUGAUGGCAAGACUCCAGAAGGAGAAAGACGGGGCCAUUGAAGAAUGUGAAAAGCUCCAAGAAAGGGUUGAGAUCCAACAGGGCCAAAUAUCCAAGGCGCAAAGGGAACGUGAAAACAUGCAGACGGAGCUGGAUAUGAUCAAGGAAAGAUGGGACAAAGCGCAACAGUUGCAUCAGAAAAUUCAGAUGGAACGAGACGACGCGUUAACGGAAAUCGAAAUAUUGAAAGAUAAGUUGGACAAGUCGCAGACAGUGUCACAGAAAGCGAUGGAGGAAAGAGACAACGCAAACAAAGAGUUCGAGCGUAUGCUCGAAAAAUACGAUAGGUCGCAGGGCGAAGUGUACCGAAUGCAGAACAAACUGGAGGCAGCAGAGGCAGAGAAGGACCGACUCGAGAUGGAGGUGGAGAAGGCUCAGCUGUUGGCUACCAAGUCGCGCGAAGAUCAGCGCAAAACACAAGACGAGCUGCAGCGGGUCCAAGAGAUGUACGACCGAGCUGCGCUCCAGUUGGGCCGCACUAAGGAGAAUGAGGAGAAAUUCAAAGAGGAGAUAGACCGCAUGGCUGUCGACCUCGACAUGGUGCGCGAGCGAUACGAAAAGACGCAGAUCGAGAUGCGGCGUCUGCAGAGUGAUCGCGAGAAGUACCAGGGGGACAGUGAGCGCCUCAGUUUCGAACUGGAGCGCGCGCACACGCAGUGCGCAAAGGCACAGGCUGCAAAUGAAAAGAGCCAGGAGGAAAUGGCCCGCCUGCAGGUGGAGCUAGAGAAGAUGUACGACAAGCACGACAAGGCCCAGGCCGAGCUGCGAAAGUCUCAGUCGGAGCUGGAGCGCUACCGUACCGAGGCAGAGCAGCUGCGCGAGGAAGCGGAGCGGUACGCUGCCAGGAUGGGCAAGUACCAGGACACGCAGGAGAGGACCAAGGAGGAGCAGGAUCGCCUCAAGGCCGAAAUAGAGCGGCUGCGGGAUAGGCUCGAGAAGACGAACAGUGAGUUGGAGCGAGCGCGAAAGGCAGAGCAGGAGGCAGUUCGUCUGCGAAUGGAGCUGGAGCGCGCGGAAGGUGUAAGAGGUAAAUACCAAUUCGAACAGGAGAAGUGGGCUGCAGAAACUGGUAGGCUGCAGGCAGAGUGCGAGAAGUUGCGCGAGCGGCUGGACACGAGCCAACUGGAGAUGCAGAGGGCGCUGGUGGCCAACGAGAAGCAGGAGGAGCGCCUGCACGAGCUCCAACUCGAGCUGGAGCUCGGCAAGGCCGAGUCGAUGAAAAUGACGGCGACUCAGGAAAAACAGCAGGGCGAGAUAGAGCGGUUGCACAUCGAGUGCGAGAAAGUGCGCGAUCGACACGAGACUCUCCAGAUGCGCUCCGAAGCACUGGAGAAGGAGAACGAGCGGCUGCGCUCCGAAUUGGCGCAGAAGGAGCGCCAGUUGGCGGUGGGCGACAAGAGCCGCACCGAGGUGGAGAGGGCGGGCGCCGCCGAGGUGGACAAGCUCCGCGAGCGGCUGGAGCAGGCGCAGGCAGACCUGUCCAGGGCGCAGCAGCUGCGCGAACACGCCGACGCCGAGGCGCAGCGCCUGGCACGGGAGCUCGAGAAGUCGCAGCUGCACCUCGGCAAGUAUCAGGAGAACAACGAGGCUGCGCGGAUAGAGUUUGAGCGAAUGGCGACGGAGCUCAGUCGUCUGCACGAAAAGCUCGAGAGGGCGCAGGCGGACGCGCAGCGGGCGUCGGACGAGCGUGCUCAGCUGCAGGCGGAGAGGGACGCACUGCAGGCGGACCUGCUCCGCGCGAGAAAGGCCGCCGAUCAGAUGCAGGAAGCGCAGCAGCGCACUCGGCAGGAUGCCGACAGACGUUUGCAGGAGGAUGCCUCCAAGAUGCAGCAGGAGCUCGCACAAGCUGCGAGGGAGAAGGAGAGGUUGAAUUCUGCACUGGAGAAGCGCGAGAAGCAGGCAGAAAGGUUAGAGAAACAGAUGGCGAAAAUGGAGUCCGAGGUGAAACAGCUCACGCUCGAGAGAGACCAGUUAGUGGUGCAACUGGAGAAGUCACAGGACAUGCUGAUGAACUUCCAGCAGGAGCUGCAACAGUCCGAGUCGGAGCUCAGUCGACUGAAGACCGAGCACCGCAAGGUGGCGCAAGAUGCCGAAUCGCUGGAAGGGAGAGAUCGGCAGGUCCAGGAGCUUCAGCAACAACUGCAGAACUUGCAGAGGGAAAGGGACCGAGAGCGGCAGAGGGCGGAGCGGGCGGACCGCCGCCUGCAGGAGCUGGGCUCGCAGGCAGAGGCGGACUCCGGUCAGUGGCGCCGUGCCGUGGAGGCCGAACGGGACAGGGCCGAUAGGGCGGAGAGGACUGUGGCCGAACUGCAGAAAAGGGUGCAGGCUGUAGAGAGGCAGAUGAAUGCCCAACAGCAACAGAUGGCCCAAAUGCAACAACAGCAGCAACAACAGGUGCCACCGGCUGCUGCCGAGGAACUGAACAGACUGCGUAAAGAGCUCGAAAAGUCGCAGGCGGAACUGAAGAACGCGUCUGUUGAGCGAGAACGAUUCCAGGCACAGUUGGAGAUGCUAGUUCAGGAGCUGGAGAAGAACCAGCUGGAUCUUCAAGAAGCGAACAAGAAACUAGCGAAUGGCGCAGCGAGAGCUGGAGAAGAAGCUACCGCCCUUAGAAUGCAAUUAGAAGAGCAGAAGAAACAACUAGAAGAGCAGAGGAGACAAUUAGAGGAGCACAAGAGAGGCUUAGAUAGUAAAAGUAGGCAAUUAGAAGAAAAAGAAAAAUCUAUAGCAGAUGCAGAUCAGAAACUGAAGAAAAGGAAAGAAAAACUUGAUCAGCUGGAGGCACAGCUUCAGAAGGGUGCAGGAGCAAGGGGUGGAAAUGCAGAAAUACAGAAAAGAAUGCUAGAACUAGAACAACAGGUUGAAACUCAUCAAAAGGAGCUGGAGAAAUCCAAAGAAGAUGCACAGCGUUCGCAAGUAGAAAUGGAAAGACUUCUACAGCUUGUCCAAAUGAGUCAAGAAGAACAAAAUGCCAAAGAAAAGACAAUUCGUGAUCUUCAAGAGGCACUGAAGAAUGCCCAAGCAAAACUGAGAAGCCAACAAGCCAGUGCACAAAUGGAAAGGAGAGAAGAGGUGGAAAUGCAGGACAAGGCUGUGGAAACCAUUCUGAACAUCAGCAGCAAAAAUGCUUUGGAAGUUAUGGAAGAUGCUAAAGAAGAAAAGAGUGAUGGUUUUGAUGAUCGAGUGAGUGAAAUUCAAGAACUUAAGGAAGAACUCAAGAAACGUGGGCAAAAGGUGUCUGAACUGGAGAAAGAAAUUGGUACCCUGGAAACUGCUCUUCAGGAGAAUGCAAACAUAGCUGAGCUUGAGGAACUGGUUGUGGUGGUUCGACAGAAAGAUGACAGGAUUGAGGAGCUGGAGGAGGCACUUCGUGAAAGUGUUAGAAUAACUGCAGAAAGGGAGAAGGUGUUACAUCAGGAAUCAACACGUCGGAAACAGAUCAUGGAAAAGGUGGGUAAAUUGGAGCAGCGAUUACUGUCUCUUCAGACAGCACAUGCAUUACGCUGCAGCUCUUGCCGUCCAUUAGUUGGUCGCUUGCAGGAAUUGGAGCAACGACUAGGGUCACUUACAGCUGAAAGGCGGCAGCAUCUGCAGGAUUUGUCACGCAUGAAGCAAGAAGCUCUUGAAGCAGCACUCAGUGAAAAGGAUGCACAUUUAGCCUUACUGGAAGUGUCAGGCAUCAGAACAGCAAGACAAGCAGAAGAGGCAGAGCAAUUACGUGCUGAUCGAAAAAGGCUUAUGGAAAAACUCCGAGAAGAGAAUGAACAGAGUGUUCGGCUGCUGCAAGAGUAUUCCCUGCCAGAUGUAGAGCAGUUCACAUCAUCUGUAACAAAUCUCAUUGAAGCAGAAGAUAAAGAGAAAGAAACCACCUCCAGUAAUCAUAAUGGUCAUUCACAUCACGAGGAAGAGAUUGAUCAAGACAGUUUGGAACCCUUGAGCCCAGAUUCUACCUUAGGUAUGUGAAAUGUUUUUGGUUAUUAUCGUUCUUCACAAGCAAAGAAGAAGUAGUUUCAAAAAGGUGCUGUGCAUCCCUUAUACAUGAACAUUUCCAUAUGCAGGAUGUCUGUGCAUAUCUUCUGAAACAAUUUUGUGUCCAAAUCAAGAUAUGAACAUGAAGAUUUCAUAAUAAAAUGUGCUGCACUUAUUUUGCACAAUAAGUUCCUCCCUGUCUAUAAAUGCACUGCCAUUAAUGGCCCACAAACUAUGGGAGUCUGGCCUUCAGCUGACAGGUUGAAUUAAGUGCAUCACAGUUGUUGAAAUGGUGAUAUUCACUCUAAAGACAUUGCUAGCACACGGUAUGUGUGUAUUUUACAACCGCGUAUUUAGUUAACUGAUGCCGUAACAUUUUGAUACAAACAUGUGAGUGAAGUGUGUGUGAAAUGACAACUAACUACUUUGCAAAAUGACUAUUUGUGCUGUGAGUGAGAAAAUGGCGUGUGAAGAAAAAAUGAGUUUCUGACAUCUCCUGCUUAUUAUAGCAAUAAUACACGCAUGCCACUUAAAUGCAGAAAGCAGUGUCUACAAUAUUUUUUAGCCUUGUUACUGUACUGUGAAAAAGGAAAGGAAAUGUGAAAUAUGGGGAGGUGUUGACAAUAAAUAAAGCAACUCACUGAACCAUGUCUUCCUAUGGUGGAGAGUGCUUUAAGAAAGCACAAGCUGGGUAGUGAUGGGGAAGAAUAAAAACACAAGAGAAAGUCAUAUUAAUGUGUUUUUUUUUUUUUUUUAAAUGACUUUCACUUCGAAAUGCCUUCUUUUCUCGGGUAGACUAUUUUCAUUUCUUUUUCAAAAUAACAAUGUGUGUGCUCUGUUUUGAUUUUCAACAUUUAUGUAGAUUUCAUAGUAGUUCUGUAUUUCAGUAGAACUGUUACACAAUGUUAGAUAUCAUUCAAUGAAAUAAAACAGGAAAUUUUCUAGUGCAUGAGAUUUUGUGAAUUAAGUCAUUGCUCUCUCAGUUUUUUUUAAUAUCUGAGUGAAAUUAAUUUUAGAAGGAAUGUCAAAUUGCACAAUUUUAUUACUAAAUAUUUCCAACAUAUUGUGUGCUGUAGCCACAUUGAUUAAAUGUAUAAUGACAGAUAAUAGAUAUAAUUUUUCCAACAGAACAAAAAGUGUUCAAAAAUAUUUUUUGUUGAUAAUAGUUGAUUGUAUAAAAAUUGAAUAUGCAGUGGCAUGAUUACUGUUAUAGAAUAAAUACUGGCCAUAUUUGAUUGCAUUUUCCCAUAUGAUAAGGCCGAUGCCAAUAUUAUUUAUAAACACCAAAGUAUUUGUGAAAUAAAUAAAUUUGGUUAGUGUCACUACACAACAAAUGUCACUAUGGGAACACUGCAGUCAUUUAUGGAUUGAAUAAAAGUCAUUCUUUGUACAUAUUACUAUAUGACGUUGACUGACUUUAAAGAAAAUCUGUUGUAUGUAAUGUGGCACUAUUUCUUGUAAAUGAAGGUGCAUAAGGUAUAAAAAUGUUAGUGGUCAAGGAAAGAAUGAACUGUGUUCGUGCUUUGAUCAGCAGAGAAAUGUACGGAUCUGUUGUUAACAAGAUAUUCCAGUACUUGCUGAAACUAAUCAAAAGCUGCCUAUAACGUUUAGAGGAAUAUGCUUUUGGCAAGUAAAGUAUGGAUUAUUUCUUUAGAGAAUUAAAUACAUCCGUCUGGGUGGAUUCCCAGAGUUUAAGCAACUCUAUCAGUACUGAACUCCAAAAUGCAAAAAUUUAUUUCAUUGCAACCUAUUCUCUUCCUGUAUAGUGCUUUUUGAACAUUUGAAGUAUGUACUUCUCUAACCUUCCAUGUAGCCAUGUGAGUUUCAAGGUCAUGUAAAAGAUAACUAAGAGGUUUGAACAUGUAUUUAUAUAAAUUUAAAAACUCUGAUAAAAACAAGGGAAUAUCUUUUAAAAUAUGUGAAAAGCUUAAAUUUUGGGAGUCUUGACAUUCAGUGGUAUUAAAUAUUCAUAGAUGGUAAAAUUCAUUUUAAUCUAUAGAAGAAACACUUUAAUGUCACAACCAUGCAGAAUACUACUUGUUCGUACAGGCUAUCCUGACAUGUAACUAAAGAAUACAUCACAAAAAAGUCAAAAUUAAGCUUUGGUCCCUAGAUAAACAUUAAUUUGUAUCUCUAUAGCUGACCAUCCAUUUGUAACAUAUUCAUAUAUGCUCGAUGCAAAAGAAUUGUUGUUGGCUUGUUUGGAAAUCAGUAGGAGUUGGAGUGGCAAGAUUGUCAAAGCUAUACUGCCAUUACCUGUGCCAUUAUAUAAAUAUAACUAUAUUCAUAUGUACUACACUACUUAUUUGAUGGUUGUACCAGUAUUAAUGUUGUAGGAUGAUGGAGCUGCCAAGGUUGUGGAGUGUAUAUUCAGGAAAUGGUUUGUGUGAAAAUAUCUUUUAAUUCCGUAUGACCUUGUGUUGUUUAUGAAAUGUGUGUUCAAGGACAAUUGCUUAAACAGGUAAAUAUGUGAUACUGUAAUGAAUGAGAUUCUUUAAAUUUGAUUUCAAAAAUUUAACAACUUCAUUGCUGUUUUUAAUCAUAUCUUCCAUUUUUUACAUUCUGUUUCAUUUUAAGAAAACUGUUUCUCUGUCGCCAGCCUUUUAAGGAAAUAUUGUUACAAAAUUUUAAUUACUGUUUCAGUAAACUGAUGAUAAUAUCUGAGGAAUAAGUUGCAAUUUUUUAAUGUUCCAAAGACUGCACUAUUCCAUGUGUAGUAGUAUCUAGAGCCUAAUGGCUAAUUGUAUUUGAUUUUCAAUUUAAUAACAGUAUAAUAUUUUUUGUAAAGAAUUAAUAUGCAACAAACUCAUUUCAAGAAAUAGUUUUCUACAAAUGAUUUCAUCUUCCAUGUAAUCUUAAAAUAUUUUAAAGUUGUAAAGCACAAAUCCGAGUGGGUUUACAAAUGAAGUCCAUGGUUGAAUGCCAUUUUCAGUUGUGUAAAUAUAAAUUGACUCUUUAAUGUGGAAAAUGUAAAAUGUAUGUGUAUGUAGAGUUGAAAUUAAUUUCUGUGGCUGUUAAAAGCUCACAACACCAAAUAUCAAUAAGAAUAAUAAUGUAAAUGGUGUGUAAAAGGAACAUCAGAUGUAAAGUUGUUCAGUAGCUUCUAUGAUUUCUUUUUUGAUGCAUUUCAUCCUGUCCAUUGUCUAAAUCUUCUAUAAGUUUUCUUUCAAGUAAACCAUAGUACAAAUUCAAAAUCAUUGUUGGUUAUCAUAAACAGUGACAGGUGACAGAGUUGAAAUUAAACAUUUCAGCUCUCUGUGCACACUCUUCUAACAUCUCAGCAUUCUAAGAAAAUGGUAGGUGUAACAUACAGCAUACCUAAAACAGCAGGCCAGCUUUUACAAAAGGACUUUUUUUUUAGUUAUGCUAUGAUUAGAAAGAUCCAUGUACAUAAUUUCCAACAGAUGUGAACAUUGUUUAUCUCUUUAAAUGGAUAACUUCAAGUGAUUUAAUAGUUUCUGUCUCUAGCACAGCAAGCAGUUGCUAGAUGGUUGUACAGCACUACAUCCAUUGUGUGAGAAAAUUAACUACAAAUGGUCAAAAUCUGAAUACUUUUUCUAUUCCAAGGUCUCCUGCUCUCAUUUUGUAGGUAUGGUGUGUAAUUGAAGUUCUCUUACUUUUCUUUUUGGAAUAGUGAGAAUAAAGAAAGUUAUUCAGUAAAGGUACGGAAAUCAUAACAUACAUAAUAGAUAUUGCAGCAUAUUUCAAAGCAUUCAAAGCCUUUAGAAACAAGAUAUCAUGAAAUUAAAAACAAAUUUACAUUGACAUAAUAUUAGUCAAGGACUUUGUUUCAUAAAAAUAAAGGAGAAACUUUUACCUUACUCUUGCAGAUGGUAAAUGGAACUGUUUACCAUUUGAAGAUACAUUUACAUUACUGGAUAAAAAUAUGACAACAGCAUAGCAGGCUGUUUUGCAUGUUAUCAUCAGAAUUUUCUGCCAGCCAUGCAUUUGAUAAGCAAUUGAUUUAAAAAGAAGAGGGACAUUCUUAUACUUCAAAAAAAGAGUUUAAUAUCAAGAGGAUUCUUAGCAACUGUUUAUCAGUGUAAACAAUGCUUAAGACUUUGCCAGAGCUCAGAAUAUGUGAGAGACCUUUCUGAAAUUUUUGUUACUAAUUUUUCAAGAGUGUUUUAUGAGCAUGCUACAUGAUAGUGAUGUAUCCAUGCACACGUGUUGACACUAUUCCAAUAAACAAUGAAUAUUGUAAAAUUUAUUUGCGUUAAACAGCCAGUAGUUGUAUAACUUAAAAAUAACUAAUGAAGCUUAAUCACUUCCAGUAGACAAAUAUUUAGGCUGAGUAUUUAUUCCAAUUCCAUAAUUCUUUUACUCACUCAUUGGCAUUUCUUAAACUAUUACAGAAUCCUACAAUGGCAGUCAUGAGUGAAAGCUGUCACCCGCAACAGCUUUAUCAAAUGGGUUCAGUAACCUAAAAUUGCACUGAUUGUCAGUAGGUUUACUGAAGUAUCUAAUAAAUGGCAUAAGAUUCUUUUUACAUAGCAGGCUUCUGAAUCUUGUUUACUCUAUAGUUUCCUGUGUGUUCAUCUAGGUCAGGGAGUAUUACCUAAGCAAGCUCUGUCACACUUUUUACAAAUUUGAUUACCAUUGUAACGUAUGGUUGUAAAUACAUUUCACCUUAACAUUCCCCCGAAGUUUUAAAUAACAACUGAGUUACUAUAUUGGCAUCCUAAGAUACAAUUUAUUGUUUUUGUCUCCCUCAAAGUUCUUAUGAACAAGCGACUGAGAUUGUUGUACAUCACAGAAUAUAAGUAAAACAUGUGAAUCAGUUUGUGUAUUUGGAGCCCAUAUAAUGCACAGUAAGUUGAAAUGAGUAAUAAAAUACUACAGUUACAAAAACCAGAGUGACAUGAUAAUUCUUUAUGAAGACUUUUAUUUAAACUGAAUCCUUUUUGUUUGUAUUAGUACUUCAGUUAUCAUUUGUGGGUAAACUAUUCCCUACUUCUGUGUAUCUCCACUAUCUGCAUACAAAAUCUUUGUGACUGAAGCUUUUUCUGAAAAGAAGUAUUAUAAACUGAAGAGUUUUUCACUGGUUUUCAAGCACAUUGCUGGAUUUAAAUAUAUUUCUUUAGUUCCUGGAUGAACACUAACAGGCUGUGGCAUGAGUUACAGUGAAAAAAUUCUCUUCCGUAAAUGCACAUUGUCAACUAAUUCCAGAUUACAUCUUAGGAUUCAGCAUGUUAAUGCCUUCUAAUAUGCAGUACAAUGUGCUUCUUACUCAAUUCAAAAUUAUUCAUGCAUCUUCUCACUGUGUUCCUCAAAAAUGAAAAUGGUGCUGGGAGACUUCCAGUGGGUCUAAAAUGACAGUUAUCACCAAUACACAAAACAUUAUGGAUGUUUUUGUUAUUUACCUAAUUUUACUUUGGAGUCCCUAUCAUGCAGAGCAAGUUGAAACAAGUAAUAAAACAUUACAAUUAUGAGAACCAGUCUGACAUAGUAAUUCAUUUUUCUCUGUGUUUGUGUCUCUGUGCAGUUUGGAUAUAAAAUAUCUUUUCAGUAAGAGUCCAACUGUAAAUGAACAGAUACUGAAGAUCAUGUACGAAUUUGCAGGAUAGGUGUCAUAUUGUAGUUCAAGCUGCUUCCACAGAAUACAUCAUUUAAGAAUUGGUCCUCCAAUCUGGACAAGUAUUUUCUCCUUGUUUGACGGCAUGCAACUUCCAUGUUCUUAUUAUUUAAUACUUUUUUCUACUUAACCCUGUUGCUCAGAUAUUUUAGUUCAUGAACAUCAGCCAGUAGCUAGCUUCCAUAGGUAUUAUAUUGCUUUCCUUGAACUGAAUGGUUUUAUCAUGUUCUGCCCCUGUCUAAAGAUAAAAAAAGUGGCAGGGUAAACAUAUAAAAUUAUUUGAUGAACCUCAGCUAACUCAGCCAAUGCCUUUCAGAAACAAAGUGCAUCAAUGGAAAAAGAAAUAAAAUGGCACUUUGUACUCCUCUUGGUAGUGACUUCUACACAGCAGUUUGGGAGUGUUCUUAAUUGGUAUAUGAUCAUUCAGUCUUUACAUGCCAAAGGUAUCUCUUCUCUCAGUACUUAAGCAGCUACUUUUUGUGUUGGUACAGAUAAUUCACUAGAAUGUUUUGCUGAGUUACUUGCUCUUUACAGUUUGCAACAGUAAGAGAUUUGAAUUCCGUACAAACUUACCAAAAGAGAAUUUGAAGUUCCCAGCAGUAAAGUAUUCAUUCUUGUCCAUAAGUGCUUGGUUGUGUUCAGUUCAUCUGCAACUCAACUUUGUGUCUCUUUCUGAACUGAAUACUUUGUGGCCACUUAUGUAUAAUGAAUUUUUUCACUUCUGGCAGAACUGCUACAACCAGAAGGAAUAAGUAUGACUCUUCUUAUGGAGGCAUCAUACUUUGUUAAGAAGUUAGACUUUUCAUCUGAGAGGGGGUCUGGGCAACACAAAAGCAAAGGUCAAGGACAGUUAAGUGGAAAUUGCCUUUGUUGCUGGAUUGGGUGUUGCCUCAGAUGAGAUGUUGUUAAAAACUCUGUUAGUUCAGUGAAGGAUGUUGACUGCCAGAAGAAGAGCACUGCAAGGCCUUCAUCAGCUGGCAAAACUGCCUGAAAAUGACAAGCAUGUUCAUUAUUGAAAUAUUACUGAGUAUUUUAUUUGACACCAUGUCUGAAAGUCUCAGCAAUAUUUAUUACAUUUGCAAAGCAUGAAACAGCAUAAUUUGAAAGCAUUCCAGUCCUAUUUACUGCUGAAUUCUUUCUAAAAACAUUAUCCUUUUGCUGGUAUCAGUUACAGGAACCAUACUGUUCAUAGCUUUUGGAUUCUCAGGCAGUACUGCACUGGUGAAGUAUGGAAGUAGGCCUACUACAUUAAUGAUAUGAUGACUGUGAGUCACAGACUUAAAAUAAAUAAGAACAAGAAUUUUGCAGUCCUUUAUAUUCAGUUUUUCCAAUAUCCUUUGUUCACUAAGCUUGUUGUAACCUCCGUAAAACUUGGUGUACCUUAAUUAUCCCAAACUGGGGAACAUUCUAUGUGGCUACAGCGUUACAUGUUGGAUAAUAUCUCUGGCAAUGUGAUGAUACACACUGUAUGAGGUUUCCAACCUUCUGAGUAUGAGGACUUGCAUUGUUAAAAAGAUGUCUGCCCCCAGUGUUUAUAGGAUUUAACUGUAUAGCUCACAGUUUUGAGUUGUAUGCAGUACCUGACUGUCCUGUCAGCUAUCACUUAUACAUGGCACUCUAGAAGUUGAGAUAUGUAAGAAUAGCAUCUGUUGGCAGGCAGUAUAAGAAUAAUACUGAGUGAAAGGUUAGGGCUGAGUCUGGUGGCACCCACUGCAGUCUGCUUUGGUUGUGAAACAUGAUCAGGGAAUCACUGCUCCCAAAAGGUGCCUUUUGCUAAUUAGAAAAGUGUCACAUACAGAUACACAAUUUGUCUUGCAUGUGUUUCUUUCAAGAAUCACACUAAGCUGAUGUACAAAAAUUCACAUCCACUCCUAUUGAAAGUACAUGAUAGAUUUCACUGAAAUUCUUUCAAUCGUUUCCAACAAAUAUUUUCUGUUGUUUUUUUUUUUUUUUUCUUUCUUCCAUGUUGCAUUGGUGUUUUUCUAUAAGUUCUUUGUAUGAUUGUUUUUAACUCCAUAUUAUGUUCUCUAUUCUUAUUACAUGUUCAUGUUGAUCACUCUUAACGAAUAUCAGGAAAGUUAUUUCAGUGGCAGCUUCUUUGCCAUUUGUUGCUUGUCUGAUUUCAUGUUACCUUGUCUUCUUAAUUCUGGUUAUAACCGUACUUGUUUAUGUGUGAAUUUUGCUUGUGUCACUGUCCAUGAGGGCACUUAUGUAGAAUUUUUAAGUAAGUAUGUUUAGAAUAAUAAGUUUCAUGGUGCCAUAGGAAUUGACACUUGUAAAGAAAUUUGGUUAUACUUGCUAAGUUUCACUGUUUGUUUGUUGCUCUCUGACAGUAUCCUUGUAAAUGAUACCAGGAAGAUAUUGUAUUGCAAUUCUGUUGCAGCAGUUUACUGGACUGUGUUCCAUCUAUAAUACUCAUAAUUGUUUUUUAUUUUUCAGUUUUAGACCAAGUUUCAUGUUCCACAUAUUUGGAUUGUCCCUUAGCACAUAUUAAAGUUACUUCAUAGCACAGACCACCUACAUGAACUUUAGCAGACAAAAGGCCUUUUCUAGAAAUUGCAUUGUUUAACUGAUCACAGUGAUAGGUAGUGUAUACAGCACUUUAUAGCAUGAUAUCUUUCUUAUUUCAAAUUACUCUUGAAUGUCUAUUUGUGUAUGAAGACACUUUAAUAGUUGUGGUAAGGUAUGUUUAUUUCGACAACCAAGAAUAUCAGCUGAUUCAGAAACUGCAAGCCCUCACAAAUCUUAUUUCUGGUGGAUUCUCACAAUUUUUUUCAGUAAAAGGAAAUAUUAUUGAAAAAAAUUCCAGACACUUCACUUUUAGAAUUUUUGUAACAGACAUGAAUUCAUUUUGAAGAUGGAAUUCUAAACUAAUCUUUGGUAUGCCACUUCACAAAACAUUUUCUUUUUAUACUCCCAUGGUUACAUUUCCACUGAUGUCAGCUGCAAGGCCAUUGCUAAAAUGAUAAUAAUAAUGCUUGUAACUGAAUGUCAGAAACAAACAUUUAACUUAUCUGAAAGUUAACAUUUGUAACUGAAAUUGUAUCUGGUACUGAAAUAAUAAUUUCAUUUGGAUUAUUAUUUCCAUGAAUGGUUGUGUACAACUUGUCUAUAAAGCAUGCUUGCUGUACUAUCAUUACACUAAAAACUAUAGUGUGCACAAAGGAAAAAGUAUUGCUGUCACUGUUUCUCCUCCUCACCUGGGUAUAUAUUUAAUUUUGAACUAAAAUUUAAUGUGUAAUGUAUUGCUGUCACUGUUUUUUUUUUCUCAUCUAAGAAUAUUUUUAGUGUAAGCAGUGCACUGCACCUGCAGCUAUAAUUUUGUUAAAGUUUUUAUCAUGAAGAAAAUGAAUUUCCCCUCUCCUAUUUUUGCAUGUUUCAGAGUUUCCUUAAAACAGUUUGAACUUGUGAUUAAUUCUAAACUGGUGAAGUUUUAUUUAUUUGGACAAUUUAUUUCCUUACUUACAUGGUGUAACAUUAGUCACUUUUACACAAGUGUUCCUGUCACUUACAAUUUUGUUAAAACUGUUACAUAUCUCUCUGUUCCUUGUUUAUGGAGAAAACAAGGAAAGUGAUGUUUAAGACCAGUUAAGCAGUUAGGUGUAAUUUAUUGCUGUGAAGUGAUUUGAAGAAUUUGCUAAUAAUAUCUUGUUAUUAAUGCAAAGUAACUAAUUAUGUGAUAAUUUAUCUUACUAUAUUCUUAUAUCUGUUGAAAAAGGAUCAAAUUAUAGUUUGGCUUGAAGAGUGAUGUUCUGUGCUAGAAAGAGUUUACCAACAAAGGUAUAGACCAGGACCAUAUACUCUUAUCCUUAUGGAGCUGUAUAAAUUGUUACCUAAUGUAAAAAUGUGUUCCAAAGAAAGGAAAAUGAGAAAUUCUAA